GUCAUCUGGUUUUUGUUUUUGCUUAAUGUUGUGCAUGUCAGCAACCGGAUCGGGCAUUUAGUAAUAAUAAUUUGUAAUAAAAACAAUACAAAAUUAAAAAAAUAAAAAAAUAAAAAAAAACCCACACCGCUAAUGGACGGCGUGUUCUGAGUCUCUGCUGAGCGAGUUGGACAGUUCUCGGAUGAUCGAACCGAUCCCAGAGAUCCGAACCGGAGAGAAGGUGCGAAGAUCCGGUUCCUCUCCAGACAGAGAGAGAUCUGAUGGAUAUCCCGAACUUCAGAGACUCUUCUGCGCUUCCUUCAACCAGGACGCGACGUCUUUGGCUGUUGGUGGUAAGAAUGGCUACAGGCUUUUCUCCCUGUCCUCUGUGGACAGAAUGGAUUGCAUUCAUCAAGGAGAGGAAAGCCCCGAGGUGUAUAUAGCGGAGCGUCUCUUCUCCAGCAGCCUGGUGGUGGUCGUGAGCAGAUCCACACCCUUCAGAAUGAACGUCUAUCAUUUCAAGAAAGGCACAGAGAUCUGUAACUACAGCUACUCCAACAACAUCCUCGCUGUCCGACUCAACCGACAGAGGCUUGUCGUUUGUCUGGAGGAGGCUCUGUACAUCCACAACAUCAAGGACAUGAAGCUCCUCAAGUCUCUUCUCAACACGCCGCCAAACCCCAAAGGUCUCUGCGCGCUGUCCGUCAGUCAUUCCAGCUCAUAUCUGGCGUAUCCAGGGAGCUCCGCCGCCGGAGAGAUCGCUCUGUAUGACGCUUUGAAUCUGAAUCCGGUGAGCGUGAUCUCGGCUCACGCCAGUCACGUGGCCGCCGUCGCGUUCGACGCUUCGGGGACCCGUCUGGCCAGCGCUUCUGAAAAGGGCACCGUCAUACGGGUUUUCGGCGUUCCCGACGGGGUCAAGCUGUUCGAGUUUCGCCGAGGGAUGAAGAGGUACGUCAGCAUCAGCUCUCUGUCGCUCAGCGCCGAUGCCGAGUUUCUCUGUGCCUCCAGUAACACCGAGACCAUCCACGUCUUCAGACUGGAGCGCGGUCCCAGCGAGGAGCCUCCAUCAUGGUCUGGAUAUAUGGGGAAGAUGUUUUCGGCGGUCGGCACCUACCUGCCCUCUCAGGUGUCAGAUAUGAUGCACCAGGACAGAGCGUUUGCGACCGUCCGCCUCGACGUGGCCGGAGCGAGGAGCGUAGCGGCUCUGUCCACGAUCCAGAAGUUUCCGCGUCUUCUGGUGGCUUCACUAGAUGGUCUUCUCUACAUCUACAAUGUAGAUCCUCGGGAAGGAGGAGACUGUCAUUUAGUGAAGAAGCACAGACUGUUUGACAGAGAAGAUGAAUCAGACCCGGAGGCCGGCGGCCCGUCGUACGCCGAAACCGUUGCCACGAGCCCAAAAACAGACUCUCCGUCUUCCGCUUCCCUCACAGGUUUCUCUGAAGAUGUUGGCGUGAAGAGAGGAGAGCUGAUCCCGGAGCACGAGUUUGCCGUUGGACCCGUCCGUCUGGAUGAUGAACGCGAGUUUCCUCCGGUCGGCUUUCAGCACAGAUGAAGAUCAUCAUCGCUCACGGAUGCCGCUUGCUGUAUAGACAGCGGUUUGGGUGUAAAUAUCACAGUCGUUGAUCAAAUCAGAUGGAAAGUAAAUAGCGGGCAAAUGUAGAUUCAGGGAUUAGCUCAGACGAACCAUUUUACGAAUGCAUUCCCAUUAUGAAAUAGAGCAGAUCAUAGACGUGCGUUUAAUUUAUUAACUACUCAUAUUUCGCCACAGAUGUCACAUAACGUACUUUAGUAUUAUGAAGAACGAUGCUUUUCCGUGAAACUGAUUUAGGAGGCUGAAAGUCAGAUUUAGUAAUGUGUGUAAACGAGCGUACAGUGGAGUACAGUACGAGUGGCGAAACGCUACAGUACAUGUUGUAUCAAAACCUUUGAUGCAUUUAAGUGAUGAUCAGUUCAAAUAGAUUCGUCUUUAUGUCUAGGAUAGCUAAAAAAAAAAAAUAGGGGUCUUAAGUGAUUUCACAUUUCAGGUGGAUAGAUCAAUUAUACGCGUUAAUGCGUUGUUUUUACAGUGUUAUUAGAUCCGUAACGUUAUAAAAUAAAGUUGCAAAAUGAAAACUAA